CCAGCUGCUGCAGGAUCGCUCUGACCUGCAACAGCGCCAGACGAUCGCUGUGCGAGGGGGACAUGUCAGAGGUCAGCUAACAGCAGGAGAGUCACCGGAUCCCUCACAGCUGUUGCCAGAGGCCAAGGAAAUCAAGUUCUAAGUCGGGGACCCAAGUGCAGGCCCAGGCCACAGAGGCUAUGGCGGACCCAGCCUAUACCAUCCCGGUGUUCCGGCAGAGGACCACCGAGGCGACGGAAGAGACUGAAGAGUACCAGAGAGUCACCACAAAGGUGGAAAAAGGAUUGGCUGCCAUUCAGGAAGAACUCCGAAGGAUCAGAACUGCCACCAAGACUCAAGUGGAUAAUCUCGCUAUCGAGAAAGAGGUCAAGUAUAUGAUGUACAAGAAAGUGGAUUUGGACGAAAUCCCCCGCUUGCCCGACUUCAUCGUGGCCCUGCGGCCCCACACGGUGUGGGAGAAGACCCCCGUCAAGCUGUUCUGCACCGUGCUGGGGAACCCCAGGCCCAUCGUGAAAUGGUACAAAGAUGGGGUGCCGGUCGACCCGCUGAGCGCACCAGGAAAGUACAAGAUUGAGAGCAAGUAUGGAGUCCACAGUUUGAUCAUAAGCAGGUGUGCGGUGAGCGACACUGCCGAGUACAGCGCCGUGGCCAGCAACGCUUACGGCACGGCGACGAGCGCCGCCUCCGUGAUUGUCAGGAGAGGAACCGGAGGCGGCUGGUCCAGUCAGAUCGGACUCGUUCCCCACCUGACCGAGAUCCACCCCAGUAAGCUGGAGGUCAGCCUGGUCGAGUGUUUCCCUGUCACCUUUGGUGUGGAGGGCGAGUCCGCCAGUCUGGUGUGUACCAUGGUGGUGGUGCCGGACCUCCCCAACCUACCACCCGUGGUGCAGUGGUACAGAGACGAUAAACCACUAAAGCUCGGUCAUCUGGCUGAGACUUCGAUGCGUGGGGGCGUGGCCCGGCUAGUGCUGCCCCACCUGGCCAAGGACGACGAGGGUCUCUACACGCUCCGCGUCUACAGCAAGGACGGCACGUCGGAGCACUGCGCGUACCUCUUUGUGUCAGAUGCCCCCACCCUUGCAGCCGGGGCUCCCGGUGCCCCGAUGAGCGUCAAGGCGUAUGACAUCAACUCUGAAUAUGUCCUGGUUGCCUGGAGACCCCCCAACACGGUCAACGAGGCGCCAAUCACCGGAUACUUCGUGGACAGGUGCGAGGUCGGUAGCGACGCGUGGGUCCAGUGCAACGACGCCCCCGUGAAAGUGUGCAAGUACCCGGUGCACGGCCUGAAGGUCGGCCACCGCUACCAUUUCCGGGUCAGAGCCGUGAACAGCGCCGGCAUCAGCAGGCCGUCCCGCAAGUCGGAGAGCGUGACCGCCUUGGACACCGCAGAGAACGAGAGGCUGCAAGGUAGCCACGAAGGCGUCCUGUCCGCUCCCGGCCAGGUGGUGGCCACCAGGAACACCAAGUCGUCCGUCUUCGUCCAGUGGGAGGCGCCCAGGCACGCGCAGGGCCUGAUGGGAUACUACAUCGACGGGCGCGCUGUGGGCUCCAAGGAGUGGUUCCCCUGCAACCACAAACCCUUCAAACUCACCAGGUUUGUGGUGCACGGCCUGACGCCGGGCGAGAGCUACGUGUUCCGCGUCCAAGCCGUCAACGUCUUCGGGCUCAGCGAGGAAUCUCAGGAGUCGUCUCCCGUGGAAGUGGAGUCGGCCCUCGCCACCCCCAGCGCCCCCUACGGCAUCUGCAUGCUGAGCUGCGACGGCUCCUCUAUGACCGUGGCCUGGAAGAGCCCCAAACGCUGCGGCGGCUCCAAAAUCACCGCCUACUACGUGGACAGGCGGGACGCCGACACGCUGGUCUGGAAGGAGGUCAACACGGGCGCCAUCGCGGACCGAGUCUGCACCGUGGACAACCUGACCGAGGGAACCUUCUACGAGUUCAAGGUCCAGGCCGCCAACAUAGCGGGCGUGGGCUUGCCCUCGGCUCCCAGCUACCCCAUGAAGUGUGACGCUUGGACCACGGAGCAGCCGGGUCCAGCUUACGACCUGACGUUCAGUGAGGUCCGGAGUCACUCCUUGGUCCUGGUGUGGAAAGCCCCGGUCUACACCGGGGCCAGCGCCGUCUCCGGCUACUUUGUGGACAUGGCCAAGAAGGGCUCCUGCGAGUGGGCCACUCUCAAUCAGGACGCCAUCGCUCAUCGUUACUUGCAGGUGACUGACCUGGAGGAGGGGGAGUCAUACGUCUUCAGAGUCCGGACCGUCAACGCGCACGGCAUCGGUAAACCCUCCAUGGUGACCGAGGCCAUCUGUGCCAGACUCCCUCCAGGCACCAAGGAGAUCGUGGCGGGCGUGGAUGAAGAGACGGGCGACAUCUUCCUGUCUCUGGAAGCCUCCGAUAUCAGCGCUACCUCCGACUUUGUCUGGUCCAAGAACUACAAGCCCAUCGGGGAAUGUCCUCGUAUCGCAGUCACCACCAAGGGCCGCACCUCCAGACUGAGUUUCAUCAACCCCGAUAAGGACGAUUUGGGUCGCUACUCCGUGGUCGUCACCGACACGGACGGCGUGUCGGCCAGCCACACCCUGACUGAAGACGCACUGAACGCCAUGCUGGAGCUCAGCCAAGCCAUCAGGAACCCCGUCGUCCCUCUGAAGCACGGCCUCAACUACGAGGUCUUGGAGAAAGGUCACGUGCGCUUCUGGGUGCAGGCCGUGAAGAUCUCGCCGUCGUUGUCGUACAGAUUUGUCGUCAACGACAAGGAAGUGACCAGCGGCGAGGGCCACAAGAUGAGUCACGACGUGGCCACGGGCGUCAUUCAGAUGACCGUGGACAAUUUCACCAGGGCCAGCGAGGGCACGUACACGGUCCAGAUCCACGACGGCAAAGCCAAGGCACAGAGCUCUCUGGUCCUGGUCGGAGACGUCUUCCUCGCCGCCGUGAAGGAGGCGGAGUUCCAGAGGAGAGAGUACGUCAGGAAGCAAGGUGCACACUUCUCCGAGGCGCUGAACUUCGUGGUGACCGAGGACUGCACCGUGAUGCUGGCCUGCAAGCUGGCCAACGUGAAGAAGGAGACCACCUUCCACUGGUACAAGGAGGACUCCGAGAUACUUCCGGAGAGCCCGCCCAGCGUCACGUCGGGGGCCUGCGCUCUUCCCAUCCCGCUGUUCUCCAGGAAGGACCAGGGCGUCUACAAGGCCGUGGUCGGCGACGAACGCGGAAAGGACACGUCCACGUAUGACAUUUCAGGACAAGUCUUCGAUGACAUCAUCAACGCCAUCGCCAGGAAUGCCGGUGAGUCGGCCUCUGACAUAGUGCUCCAGUGUACUCCGGAGGGCAUCCGUCUGCAGUGCUACAUGAACUACUACACGGAGGAGAUGAAGACCGUAUGGAAGCACAGGGAGAGCAAGAUCGCCUCCUCCGAAAAGAUGAGGAUCGGCGGCACGUCGGAGAUGGCCUGGAUGCAAGUGUGCGACCCCUCGGACAGGGAGAAGGGUCUCUACACCAUGGAGAUCUAUGACGGCGUGAAGACUCACUCCAGGACCUUUGACCUCUCUGGACAGGCGUACACUGACGCCUACGAAGAGUACCUGAGACUCAAGGCGGCUGCCUUUGCAGAGAAAAACCGCGGCAGAGUGAUGGGCGGUCUGCCUGACGUGGUCACCAUCAUGGAGCAGAAGUCCCUGAGUCUGACCUGCACCGUGUGGGGAGAGCCCACUCCCGAGGUCACCUGGUUCAAGAACGAACAGGAAGUGGCCUCCAACGAGCAUACCAGGAUCACGUUCGACGGCGGUAAGUUUGCCAGCAUGGUCAUCAACCAAGUGACGCCCGAAGACUCCGGCAAGUACAGCAUCAACGUGCGCAACAAGUACGGCGGCGAGUUUGUUGAGAUCACCGUCAGCGUGUACAGGCCCGGCGACAAAAUCCCCGAGGCCAAGCUGGGGCAGCCCAAAAUGGCCACGCCCGUCGUCACUCCUGGGCGUCCUAAGUCCCCUACACCCCCCUCCAAGUCGCCUACCCGUAAAUCUCCAACCCGGGCCCCGAAAUCCCCAACUCCAACCUCAAAAUCUCCAACCGCAGCCCCGAAAUCUCCAACCGCAGCCCCGAAAUCUGCAACUGAAGCCCCGAAAUCUGCAACCGAAGCCCCGAAAUCUCCAACCCCAGCUCCGAAAUCCCCACCUUCGACCCCGAAAUCUCCAACCCCAGCUGUGAAAUCCCCAACCCCGGCCCCGAAAUCCCCAACCCCGGCCCCGAAAUCUCCAACCCCGGCCCCGAAAUCUCCGACCCCGGCUCCCCCGAAAUCUCCGACCCCGGCUCCGAAAUCUCCAGCCACUACCCCGCUAUCUCCAGGAGUCAAGUCUCCGACUCCUUCGGCAAAGGCCCCAACUGCACCCCCAAAGUCCCCAUCCUCCUCCCCUGCUCGCAGCACCAAGUCUCCCACCCCGUCCAGAUUGGUGAAGUCUCCAACCCCAGCCAGGAAGUAGGCGACGCUCGCCCGCGAGUUUUAGCAUGACUGCAGAAGUUAAAGUUGAAAGUUUGAAAAAGUAAAAACUGAACUUUUACGGCGGUUGCUAGCAGAUGUUUCUGAUACGUGUUCAAAGAUGCACCUUCCACUCGUCCGUGGUAGUGGAAUGCCUUGAUUCAUUGGGGGUACUGAAAUGUGAUGAACAGUUUUGGUUUGUGCCACCGUUAGAAAGUCCUCCCGAGUAGUCAGCUGACAGGAAGUAAACCCGAGUCCUGCGAGUUAGCAGCUUAGCAAGUUUCUUCUUCUACAUCUGGGAUGUUUUUGGAUGUGUGACUUCCUGCUUCCCCCCCCCCCCCAAUAAACCAUACCUGACGUAUCAACGUGGUCUUUG